CUGUCCCUCUGCAGGACAGACAUGACUAGUUGUCUGCUCUCUCUGUUUUGUGGCUUUGCAGCUAAGAGGUGCAGAGUCCAAAAAAACAGGACCAGGAGGAGUUUUGAGUCUCAGCUACUGAAUCAUAAGCUGUUUCCUCUGGAGAUAAAUGACAAUUUUGAUUUUCUUCUUGGGUUAAUUCAUUUUUUGGUACAUUCUAAACCUAGACUUAACCUACAGACUUUAAGCUCCUCCCACUUUUUUCUCUCACUUGUUGAGCAGAUCACUCCAUCAGGAUAUCCCCUUGCCUCUGUCUACGGUUUCAUAAUGCUCAGGGAUCUCUGUGAGGUCUGACUCAUUCAGAGGCUGCUUCAGCAUGAGCCAGGGUAAGGGCUGUGUGGAGAGAAUGGGAGGUCAUAGGUCACACAGAACUUUGAAUGUGUAGACAGUUUUGUUUCUUUAUCACAGGACCUCUGCAGCUGCUAACACUGGAUGAUUUUUGAUUUUUAUUUUGUGAGUGGACGUGUGUUUUUGGAUGUAUACUCAUGGGGAACACAGCUGGAAGUGUGGAGCUAUCCCAGGUGAGGGAUGUCAAGGAGGGGAAGAUAUCCGGCCCAGAUUCCACACUGUCCCAGAAACAAACGACAGGGCCAAAGAUCCCGAUGCCACCUGAGGAGGAGCUGGAGGAGCGCUUCAACGCUGCGUUGAACACGAUGAACCUUCCUCCCGACAAAGUGAAGAUCCUCUCUCAGUAUGACAGUGAGAAGAAGUGGGACCUGAUUUGUGACCAGGAACGUUUCCAGGUCAGGAACCCUCCAUGUGCUUAUUUGGAGAAACUGAGAGGUUACUUGGAGCAUGGAGGAAACAGCCGUAAGUUUAGGAGACGAAUUCAGGAGUCCACACAGGUUCUCAGAGAGCUGGAGAUCUCACUUAGGACCAAUCACAUUGGAUGGGCUGAGGAGUUUCUAAACGAGGAGAACCAAGGUUUAAAUGUUCUUGUGGAUUAUCUCUCCAUGGCUCACAGUGCUGCCACGUUGGACUCGGAGUCUUGGGACAACAGCACGCCGACCUCAGACAAAUGCAGAAGUUUAGAGCGCUCAGUGGAAGAUUUGUGCAAAAGUGGCAACAACUCACCAACAAACAAAGGGCCCAACAAAGGCUUCACCCUCAGGAGAGGCCAGAGGGGUUCGCAGAUAGUGUGUCAGAAAGAUGACGUCCAUCUCUGCAUCAUGUGUUUACGCGCCAUCAUGAACUACCGGUCAGGGUUCAACCAGGUGAUGAAACAUCCAAGCUGUGUUAAUGAGAUCACACUGAGUCUGAACAACAGGAACCCCAGGACCAAAGCUCUGGUUCUGGAGCUCCUGGCUGCUGUGUGUUUGGUGAGAGGAGGACAUGACAUCACCCUCUCUGCCUUUAACAACUUUAAAGAGGUUUGUGGGGAGAAAAGUCGCUUCGAGAAGCUCAUGGAGUAUUUUCAUAAAGAAGAUGAAAACAUCGACUUCAUGGUGGCCUGCAUGCAGUUCAUCAACAUCGUGGUCCACUCAGUAGAGAACUUGAACUUCAGGGUCCAUCUUCAGUAUGAAUUCAGCCAUCAUGGACUGGAUGAUUAUCUGGAGAGGUUAAAGUUCACAGAGAGUGACAGGUUGCUGGUUCAGAUCCAGGCCUAUCUGGACAAUCAGUUUGAUGUUGGAGCGUUGCUGGAGGACGCAGAAGCCAAAAACACCCUGCUGGAGCACAUGGAGGAGCUGCAGGAGCAGAACACACAGCUGAGCUCACGGAUUCAAGACACAGAGAAGGAGGCGAUGGACAAAGUCUCAGAACUGGAGAAGAAACUCAUUCAGACCACCAAAGAGGUCGAGCUCUUAAAGGAGAGCCUCCGUGAGUCCAACUCCCAGGUGACUUUGCUGCAGCAGCAGGAACAAGAACGAGCCCAGCACCAGUCCCUGGAGGCUCUGACAGAGCUCGAAGUCAGAGUUCAGGCUCUGGUGGAGCAGGGUCUCCUUCGGGUGGGGCGCUGCACUUCUGGACAGCUGGACAUUCAGGUGGUCCAACAGGAGACGCAGAAAGGCGGUCCAGCUGAUGAAGUAGACGCUACGCCUCCGGCAGAACUUGUGUCACUCCCAGAGAUGGUUCAACCCCCCCCACCUCCUCCCCCACCUCCCCCACAAGCCGCAGGUGUGAGCUCAGACUGUAAACAGAAGAAACCCAUUCAGACCAAAUAUCGGAUGCCGCUAUUCAACUGGCAGGUUCUGAAGUCCAGUCAGGUGGCAGGAACCAUCUUCAGUGAGCUGGACGACGAGCACGUCCUGCAGGAGCUAGACAUGGAGGCCUUUGAGGAGCAGUUUAAAACCAAAGCUCAGUCAGCUCCUGUAGAUCUGGGAACCCUGAAGAGGAAAAUGACCCAUAAGGCCUCCAACAGGAAGUCUAUACUGGAGCCCAACAGGGCCAAAAACCUGGCAAUCACCCUGAGGAAGGAGGGGGUGGCUGCCUCUGACAUCUGCAGUGCCAUUGAGACGUACAACCAGGAAGCGCUGAGCCUAGACUUCCUCGAGCUUCUGGAGCGCUUUGUCCCGACAGAGUACGAGAUGAGACUGAUCCAGAACUACGAGGCAGCAGGCCGGCCUCUGGAUGAGCUCAGCGAGGAGGAACGCUUCAUGGUCCGUUUCAGCAAAAUCCCUCAACUUCCUCAGAGAAUCAACAUACUCACCUUCAUGGGGAACUUCCCUCAGAGCAUCCAGCUCCUCCAGCCUCAACUGAACGCCAUCAUCGCAGCCUCCAUGUCCAUCAGGUCUUCCAGCAAACUGAAGAAAAUCCUGGAGAUCAUUCUGGCAUUUGGAAACUACAUGAACAGCAGCAAGCGCGGGCCGGCUUACGGGUUCCGGCUGCAGAGUUUGGACCUGCUGCUGGACACCAAAUCAACUGACCGCAGACAGACGCUGCUGCACUUCAUGGCGAACGCCAUCGAGCAGCGAUACCCGGAGCUGCACAACUUCUACACUGAGCUGAACUUCUUAGACAAGGCGGCUCUCGUUCCCGUUGACAGCCUCCAGCUGGACCUGCGAGCUCUCGAGAGAGGAAUGGAGCUGAUGAAGACUCAGUUCUCUACAGAGGAAGAAAAUCUGGUCCUGAAGAAGUUUCUUAGCGACAACUCUGAGCUGCUCGCCUCUCUGAAGACCGACAGCAAAACUGCACAGGAGGUUUAUGAGUCAACUGUGGAGUACUUUGGAGAGGAUCCUAAAACCACCCCACCAUCCAUGUUCUUCCCUGUUUUUCUCAGAUUCAUCAAAGCGUACAAGCUAGCUGAGCAGGAGAACAAGCAGGUGGAGAAACAAGGUCUGACCUCUGAAGGUCCAUCAUCACCAACUAAACGUUCAGGAAACAAGGUUCCUGUGAUGGCCAGAUUACCUCAGAUGGAUCUGAUUGCAGAGCUGAAGAGGAGGCAGGUAACAUCUUUGGUGAGGGAGGAGAAAGAUGGUGCCAUCGAGGACAUCAUCACAGGUACAGAAGGCACACCUGCUCUGUUUUCAGUUCCAACGAGUAAAAAAGCUUCUGGACUUCUUCUCUUGUCGGUGACGUUUCAGGACUUAUAUGCUGUAGAACAACACACACUGUGCUGUCUCCACUUGUUUCACCUGUAUGGAGGUCAGAGCGUUUCUCGCUGCACUGAACUACAGAUAUGAGGGUUAAUCAGUCUAAACCCUAGUUAGAGUGUAUUACUAUGACUUGUAAAUCCUAAGUCCACAACUCAUGAUCAGAACAUUUUUAAGCAACAAGAGGAGAGUCUGGUGCAGUGCUGAGGAUCAGGUUAUGUUGUCAGUUCUGCUUUAAAGCUGCAGUUACUGUUGGGUAUUUUUAUAAUUGUACCUUUUUGAGGCCUAAAAGAUGGCCAACUGUUGCUGUUCAUGAACGGUAGAGCAAGGAUGUUAAUUGAGAAAACUCUGUACCUCUGUAACUUGAGAAGGUCCGCCUUCUCCCCCCACCCUUUGCUUGAAUAAAACCACUGAAGACUCUGAGAACUGGGGGAGUCGCCUGGCAGCUAGCUCUGGAGAGAGUUAUGUGUCAUUUUGGUGAUCUCCCCCUCAUUUGGCUAAUUCAGUGUAAAAUGUCUUCCUUGUUGUCAUGUGUGUUUAUUUCAGGUUCCAGGGUUAUGGAGGUUAAAUAUUAUCUAACAGAUAAUUGGAGAAUGCAGGUAUACAGAGUAGGUGAGGAGAAAGCUUUGAGGUUGGAGCAGAGUGGGGGCUGGUUGAGUCACGCACAUGGACAUUACAAAUAAUCAAUUUACUCUCUCUCUCUCUCUCUCUGGGUGUGUCGUCCUUUAAGGUAAUAUGGGAUAACAUUAAAUUACCUAUCAGUUACUAGUCAUGAUCUUGGCUGCAUAUUUAGUUAACAGUCUGACUGCCCACCCUAACCCAAUGCUAAUUAACUCUAACCCUAAAAACAUACUUUUGCGAUGACCAACAACUCAAUAUUGCUCAGUUUUGACCAUAGGAUGUCAUUAUUACUUAACGUCUACAUCUUGUACCUAUAACGUUAAAAUAUGUUUCCAUAUACAAUGAGGAACAUGUUGUUGCAUCUGAAAACACUUUUGUAAUUUUUAGACAACACUGAAAUUAUUUACAAUGUUCUUUUCUCAUUUUAGUGCCACCUGCUGGUGCCUGUGAAUGGAUUACUGCUGUAGUUAGUAGAAACUUGACCUGUUGACAGUCGGACCAAACUCUCCACAGAAAUCUGUUCAGAACAACAGAAUGAUUACAAACCAGGUUUUGUUUUGAUCUCCUCAGAUUUAAGGAACCAGCCGUACAGGCGGGCUGACGGCGUUCGGCUCAGCUCCAAGUGGAAACAGGGACAGAAGCUGCAGGUUUCCUCGGACAUCUCUCUUUGAUCAAAGACCUGUUACCAACUGAUAGUUUUACCUCUCACAUAUGCUGACACACAUUUGUAUAAUAGGUGAAUUAUUUUUAGUACUUUAAUGUUAGAAUGCUGAAUUUCUGCUUUGCUUCUGCAGUUUCGCAAAUAAAAUGUUUUAUACAUCUGA